AUGUCUUCCCUCCUGACCGCCCAUCACGUCGCCUGUUUGACAUUUUAUGAAGCCGCGACAAUCCUUUGGCCGCGCCACAAUCGCAGGGUGAGGAAGCGGCAGAGUGGACACUAUUCGAUGGCAGUCCGAGGGUCUUUCUACAUGGCGUGCGGCCUGUGCGUCAGCUCAGGCCUUCUGUGCAUGGUCUUAGUGGUCCUCUGGAACUGGCGUUGGCGCGGCGGAUUUGCCUGGGAUGGAACCGAGGCCCAGUUCAACUGGCAUCCUGUACUCAUGACCGGCGGCAUGCUGGUUCUUUAUGGACUCGCUGCCGUCCUGUUCCGUGUGCCUUGGGGGUGGUCUCAAGACAAGAAAGCGUGGAAGCUUGUCCAUGCAGGACUGAUGCUGGCUGCCUUGCUGCUAGCCGUGGUCGGCCUGCACGCCGCCUUCCAUGUGCACAGCACCCUUAAUAUACCCUCCAUGUAUUCCCUGCACAGCUGGGUAGGAAUGUGCGCCGUGUUGACCUUCGCCUGGCAGUGGUUCCUGGGCCUGGUCAGUUUCUUGAUGCCUUGUUCUGCUCCUGUGCUGGGCCACGCCAUGUUGGGCUUCCACGUGUGGACAGGGCAAACGGUGCUAAUGCUCACCCUGGCCGCCUGUAUCAGCGGAAUCAACGAACAGCUUUUUUUCGCCCUUGACGGUGUACAGGCCAGCGCUUACAGCUCACUGCCUGCGGAGGCGCUAUUUGGCAACACAUUGGGCAUCCUGAUCCUGGUGUUUAGUACUGUGGUCUUCGGAAUUCUGUCCAAGGCCAACUGGCGCCGACCUGCCGCCAACACAAACGAAGAAGCUACUCCGAUUUUGCUGAGAGAAGAAGCGAGUUAA